UUUAGUUCGGUUUUAGCUCUCAUUCUGUGUGGACGCCUCGAAUACAGUAAACGCGGCCCGUCGUCAUCAAGUGCGUCGCACGCACACACACAUACUCUGACGCAGUCGGGCACUGGCAACUCACACACACACACUCAAUCGCUCGCUCGCCCAAAACAUACGCACACACAUACAUGUACACAUGGUGGUCCAUUCGGCAGCAGCAGCCGCCGCGGUAACAGCGCCAAAAUUAUCGAGUCUGCGCCAAAAGUGAAUUCAAUUGUUAAUCUUAAAGCUGAAGCUGGGAUAUAUUAAGCGAAUGUACCCAAACACCAAGUGCAAGAAGUGACCAAAUAUUUGUAGGGCACACGUUUCUGCUCCUCCUUAGCGCCGCGACGCCUCCUCUCGGCUUGAUUCGUUUGUCCUCGUCAACAAUUUCGCUGUUGUGUUUUGUCGCGCGGCUUUCGUUGGUUGCGUGUCGCGUGUAUUGCCGUCUCUCUCCUCGCACUCCGCACUCCUCGGUAUCAAGUACCCAGCAUCUCUCUGCUCUCUCCUCGCUCCGCGCUCUUCUUACGCCCUCUGUCACCGUCACGUAACGGUAGGUCCCGUUGCCCGCAAACAUGGCCGCACUCGAUCGCGGCUUAGCCUAAGCUGUUGUUGUUGCCCAGCAAUAAAUUGUAUAGGGUAUUUCAUUGAUCGAAUUGCCAUUAUAACCAUAACAACAACAACAACAACAUCUGUAGCUGGAGCAACUAACAACAAAUGCGGCGCUGCAGCAGCAGCGGCAACUGCAACUGCAACUGCAACUGCUGCUUGUUAUAGCAUUCAGCUUCUGUAGCGUUACGAAUAGAGCGAGCAGCAAUUGCCCAACAGCAACAACAAUAACAACAUUAGCAGCAACAACUGUAAUAACUACAGCUAAGAUCAAGAGGAAGCAGCAAAAUGGCAUUGAGCGCACAUGAAGAAGAAGCAGCAGCAGUAGCAAAAGCAACUCAAAUGCAACAACAGCAACAACAGACAAGAAAACGCAGACGAAGCAAAUGCAGCAGCAGCAGCAGCAACAAGAACAGCAACAAUUGCUGUUGCCGGCAACAACGGAAGCAGUAUCAACAACAACAGCAACAACAACAACAGAAUUCACAUUGGAUUAAACAACUUCAACUGCUUUGCAUUGUGCUGCUGGUGCUGCUGCUGUUGCCCGCGAGCUGCCACGGGCAGCAGCAGAAGUUUCGCACCACGCCCCACGAUCUGCAGGUGCUGGAGGGCGCCGAGGCGAUGAUGCGCUGCGAGGUGGCCAAUGUCGCCGGCGCCGUGCAAUGGACCAAGGAUGGCUUUGCACUCGGCUUCUCGGCCGUAAUACCCGGCUUUCCGCGCUACUCUGUGCUGGGGGAUCGCAAACAGGGUGUCUACAAUCUGCGCAUCUCCAAUGCCUCGAUCAACGAUGAUGCCGAAUAUCAAUGCCAAGUGGGUCCAGCGCGCCUCAACUCGGCAAUACGGGCGAAUGCCAAGCUCACUGUCAUAUCGCCUCCUUCGUCGAUCGAGAUCAAAGGCUACAGCCACAACUCCAAGGUGGAAGUGCGCGAGAAUCAGGAUCUGACGCUCACGUGCAUCGUGGCCAAUGCGAAGCCGGAGGCACAAAUCGUUUGGUAUCGCGGAAAUGUCGAAUAUAAGCCAGAAAAACGGGAAGACAAGGUCGAGGAGUCCACGCCCAAACGCUUUACAACCACCUCGAGUCUGAAACUGAAGCCCGGCGCGGAUGAUGACUACACGGAAUACACCUGCCAGGCCAAGCACAAGGCUCUGUCCCCGGACAUGCCCAUGCGUUCCACCGUGCAACUGUCCGUGUUGUAUCCGCCCGGACCGCCGUACAUUGAGGGCUAUUCACCCACUGAAACGCUGCGGCGCGGCCAGACGGUGGAGCUCAUUUGUCGCAGUCGCGGCGGCAAUCCGCCCGCACAGCUCAUCUGGUACAAAAACAAUUCACAAAUACGCAUGGCCUACAGAACCUCGGGCCGGCUAUCGGAGAAUAUCUACACGUUCACAGCCGAGGCGAGCGACAACAAGGCGCGUUUCCGUUGCGAGGCGAGCAACGUGAUGUCGCAGACGCCGCUCAAGGCGGAAGUUGAUUUGACUGUGCUAUUCGCACCUUCGCAAGUCACUGUGACAGGACCGACAGAGGCGCGCGUCGGCGAUGUGGUGCCGCUGAUGUGCACGACAGCGCCAUCGAAUCCGCCCGCCGAGAUCAAGUGGAUGGUGGGCGGACGGCAGAUACGCAAUGCCACCUCCAAGACGACCAUCAGCCCAGAGGGCGGCUGGACCACCAGCUCGAACAUCACCACCAUUGUGGAGCCCAACAAGCGCUCCCUGGUGGUCAUCUGCCACGGCCUCAAUAUGCAGCUCACCGAGAAUGUGGUCUCCACGCAUACGAUUAAUGUUCUGUAUCCGCCCUCUCCGCCAUUAAUUUCGGGCUAUAUGGAAGGACAAAUUAUACCAGCCGGGUCGGUGCAAAAACUCCUCUGUGUCUCAUCGGGCGGCAAUCCGUUGGCAACGUUAACGUGGUACAAAAACGACAAACGGAUCAACUCUAUAAUUCGGGCGGCCGACAAAUCAGUUUCGGCCGAAAUAACUAUUUUGGCCAACGUCACCGACAACCAGGCGCAAUACCGUUGCGAGGCCUCGAACAGUGCCACCGAGAUACCGCUCUUCGAGUCCACCACACUGAGUGUGCACUUUGCGCCAGAGACGGUAAAAAUACGCAUUGAACCGGAAGAGCUGAAACCUGGCAUGGAGGCGACCAUCAUUUGUGACUCCAGCUCAAGCAAUCCGCCGGCAAAGCUGUCCUGGUGGAAGGAUGGCAUAUCCAUUGAAGGCAUUAAUAACACGUCCAAGCCAGGUCUCUGGGGCGGCACAGUCUCAACGCUCGAGUUCAGGCUAAACAUCACCCAGGAAAUGAACGGUGUGGUCUACACUUGCCAAAGCGCCAACGAGGCACUGCAGCGCAGCGUGCACGAGGCAAUCAGCCUGAAUGUCCUAUAUCCUCCCAAGUUUGUGCCGCCGCCGUCGUCCACAUCGGUGGGCCUGGAGGGCGAGUCGUUGCAGGUGCCGCUGCAGGCGAACGCGAAUCCAGCGCUAAUUAGCUACACCUGGACUAAGAACGGCACGCCCAUACCGCAGGACACCAGCGGCAGCGUCUCGGCCGGCGAGCAUCGCAUCUUUGCCGAUGGCGCUGUGCUCAACUUCACAAAGCUGCACCGCGAGGAUUCGGGCAUCUACACCUGCACGGCGAGCAAUUCGCAGGGCAAGGAAAGCAUCAAUAUCACAGUCGUUGUGGAAUACGGCACCACCAUCAAGUCCGUCUCGGAGAACAUUAUUGUGAAUCCCGGCGAGGAUGCAAUGCUGUCCUGCAGCGUUGAGGGCAAGCCGCUCGCCGAGGAGCACGUGAAGUGGGAGCGCGUAGGCUACGACAUGAAGGCCAAGACCACGACUACGUUCACCAAUGGCACCGCCUACCUGCACAUCAAGAACGCCCAGCGCGAGGAUGUGGGCAACUUUCGCUGCGUGGCCGACAAUCAUGUGGCCAAUCCGACCAAUCGGGACGUGCUGCUGAUAGUCAAAUUUGCUCCCGAGAUCGCCAAGUCGCCGACGCUGCUGCGUGCGGCGAGCGGUACGGGCGAGCGGGGGCGUUUGCCGUGCCGGGCGCAGGCGUCGCCCAAGCCGCAGUUUAUUUGGCGCCAGGACGGCAAGGAUCUGCCCAUCAAUCAUACGUUCAAGUAUGAGCUGGAGGAGCGCAAAAUAGACUCGCUCACCUACGAGUCCUCGCUGAUUGUCGAGAAGGUGGCGCCCGCCGACUACGGCGCCUACGAGUGUGUGGCGCGCAAUGAGCUGGGCGAGGAUGUCGAGACGGUGCGUCUGGACAUUACCUCACCGCCGGAGCCGCCGCUCAGCCUUAAUAUACUGAAUGUGACCCACGACACGGUCACCGUGGCCUGGACGCCAGGCUUCGAUGGUGGCCUGAAGGCCUCCUACCGUAUGCGCUAUCGCAUGGCAGACCGCGAGCAGUAUAAAUAUAUCGACGGUCUGCCCAACAGCCACAAACUGACCAUCGGCGGACUGCGCAUGAAUACGCUGUAUCUGUUCUCGGUGAUGGCAUGGAACGAUUUGGGCCAGAGCUCCUACCUGCCGGAUUUGACGCGUGCCCAGACCAAAGAAGCGCCGCCACCCUCACAGCCGGCUUCGUCGCUGGGCGGCGGACCGCCAACCACCAGUCAGACACCGCUGGGUGGCACAUCGGGCAUGCUGCUCGUUGGCGUCGCAGCGGGCAUUACGGUGGUGCUGCUCAACGUAUUUGUCAUCGGCUGUUGUCUUCACAAGCGCAACGAGAAGCGCCUGAAGCGAGGAAUUGAAAUGAUGCCAGCCGUGUUAACGGAGGACUCCAGCAAUACGCCGAACCUGCUCAUCAUUGCCAUCUCUCUGGCCGCAUUCGGAUUUCUGCUGGUCAAUGCGGCGCUGGUUGCCUGGUUCUUUGUGCAUCAGCGGCGCAAAAAAGUGGCGGAAACUACAAAUCAACCAGGCAAAACGGCGACCAUCGAAAUGUACGCGCCCAGCUCGUACAAUGACACCGUCACCGGCGAGACGCUGUCCAGCGUUUCGGAGAAGAGCGAGUCCUACUCCAAUGAGGGCAGUCAACCGGAAUAUAUUGACGAGGCACGCAAGAAGGCGGCAUCGACAUAUCUGGUUGAGAGCACGGACAUGCCACCGCCCAGAUACCAAAAGGAUGGCACACUGCCAGCAUUAUAUCCAAAUAAUAUGGCCAAUGCCUGCACAUUGCCACAUCCGCGGCACAAUAAUGGCCAUGCCACAUCCAUUGCCGCUGGCCAUAUGACGCGCGACGAUCAGAUGCUCAUCAGCAAGGGCGUCUAUAUUCCGUCCCCAUCGCCAGCACCGCCGCCGGACGGCUCCUAUUACAAUAUGAACAGCGAACGAUAUCUAUCGUAUCCACCAAUGGAAUAUCCGACUGCGCUGGACUUUAGUGCGCCGCCGUUGCCGCUGGCGCAUCUGCAGCCCAUGCAGCCCAUUACGGUUACCUCGCAGGCGGCGCUGCUGGCGGCGAGCAAUGGCGGCGCCACGCUGGUGGGCAAUGGCAGUGCCACAGGUGGCACGCUGCGUCGCGGCAUCUUGCGCGGCGUGGUGGGCGUCGGCGUGGGCGUGCCGCCGCCAGAUGUUACGCAUCACACCUCCGGCUCCGCCUCCGCCGGUGGCGCUGGCAUGCAAAUGCUGCACGAUCUGCAUCCGGUGAAUCUCAGUGCCACCACGCUGACCACGAGCACCACGCUCAAUGGCAGCAUGACGACAGCAUUGCCGCUGGCCACAUCGACGCUGCCCCGCCAGCCGCACGGCAUACUCAAGGAUCCCAAUCGCAAUAAGCAGCAGCAGCAGCAGCAACAACAGCAGCAACAACAACAACAGCAGCAACAGCUGCUCAAUGCUAGUUUAGUGGGCGUGCCCGUCUCGGGGGCCGUGGGCAGUUUGCAGAUUCUGAAUCUGAAUCCGGUGAGCAACGCGGCGCUGGGCAACAAUCUGCUAAUGACUACGAGCGCCACCUACGACCCGGCCACGCUGAGCAGCUUCAAUGCGAGCGCCGCUGGCGUCGGCGCUGCAGUCGGAGCUGGCGUCCAGGUGGCCUACACAGAUGCGGAUGGGCAUCUCGUAUAGCUGUAGGCCGAGACUGGGGCCAGCUCUGAGUCCCGGUACUAAGGAUGGCGCCCAGUCUGUCCAAGCAUCUACACAUAUACAUAUACAUACAGGCAUACACAUCUACACAGAUAUACAUACUAUAUCUAUACAUACAUAUAUAUAUAACUAACUGUACUCCACACUCGACUCGUAGCUAGUUUAGAAGCUUUCCCUCUCUACAUUUAAAUGUGUGUUUGACAUUGUGUGUGUGCGUGUGUGUGUGUGCACCAAAGUAUAUCCUAGAUCUGUGUUAUACGCCAGGAGAAGAAGUUAACAACUGCAAUUAGCAAAUACCCUGUGAAAGGAUAAAAGCUAGAGAAGCUUUAUGUGAUGACUCAAGCUAAAAUAAAAUUAACUGGAAUAGAUUUUACUGCUUCUAUCAGAAUUAUUAUAGGGUAUAAAUAAAUAAAACAAAUGAUCAUUAGGCAGAUACUCCUUAAAAAGUUAACAGCUUGGGUAGUCAUAAAGGAAAAUAGAGAAAAAUGUAGAGAAGAGAUAGACUAUGACAUGGCUUUUGCUAGCUGCAGCAUACACCACAUGAUAAAUGCAGUACAAGGUAUGCAAGCAGCAAAUACCCUGUAAGGAGUAAAAUCUAUAUGUAGAAAGUUGCAUGCUACACUCACUAUCAUACCCCAUGCGAUAAACUGCUUUGCAGAGUAUAGACAGGACUUCAAUUAUCCUAUUUAAAGAAUUUACAUACCGUGUAAAAAGCCAACAACUGAGGUAGCUAAGCACGAAAUUUCAUUUCAAUAGGGUAACGUCAGGUUUUCUGCCACUUUCGCCUGCCUCACAUACCCCACUCGCCCCCUCUGGGAUUGCAGAGUAUUGCCAGUGCCCAUUACCUUAUUCAAAUCAGCUACAGAAUUAGUUUAUGUAAAUUUUUAAAACGAUUCUCACUUGCCCAUAAGACACUGCACGCUGUUUAUUCAGAUAAACAAGCCCCAAAGACGAUCUCAUGCCGCUGACCAGUUCGUCUG